GCUGACAGGUGUCUCUUUGUUUAGUCUUCUAAUGACUGUUCAGUAAAUCUUCAGUGUCUGAAAUGACAUUUCUAUGGGACUAAACUCAGUUCAGUCCUGCUGCCAUGAUGUGGCUGAUGGGGAUCCUGAGAAACUGAACUCAACUAAACCUGUGGAUCAACUCAAACAAGUGGAGCAGCAGAGCUCAGAGGUUCCCACUGGUCUACAGGAUCAGACUCAGCUGGACUCCAUAUUUAAGCUGCUGGAGGAGAACAUCUGCACUUUUGUUAAGAACGAACUAAAGAAGUUCCACCAGGUUCUGAGGACAGAUUGCCCAGAAUGCUUAGAGAGUCUGAGUGAUGAGGACGAAGAGCAGAGGAGCAGCUCCGAGGCUUUUCUGCAGAUCACACUGAACUUCCUGAGGAGGCUGAAGCAGGAGGAGCUGGCUGAGCAUCUGCACCGAAGUCAUUUUGGAGUUCAGCAGCGGAAACUGAAACGUAACCUGCAGCAGAAGUUUGAGUGUGUGUUUGAGGGCAUCGCUAAAGCAGGAAACCCCAAAACCCUCCUGAACCAGAUCUACACAGAGCUCUAUGUCACAGAGGGAGGGGCUACAGAGGUCAGCCAGGACCAUGAGGUCAGACUGAUUGAAACAGCAUCCAGGAACCCACACAGACAACCGACAACCAUCACAUGUGAAGACAUCUUUAAAACACCAGCUGACAGAGAUCGACCAAUCAGAACGGUGCUGACAAAGGGCGUGGCCGGCAUCGGGAAAACAGUCUUAACACAGAAGUUCAGUCUGGACUGGGCUGAAGACAAAGCCAACCAGGACAUCCACUUCAUAUUUCCAUUCACCUUCAGAGAGCUGAAUGUGCUGAAACAGAAGAAGUUCAGCUUGGUGGAACUGGUUCAUCACUUCUUCACUGAAACCACAGAAGCAGGAAUCUGGAUCUUUGCAGACCACCAGGUGGUGUUCAUCUUAGAUGGUCUGGAUGAGUGUCGACCUCCUCUGGACUUCAACAACCCUCAGAUCCUGACUGAUGUUACAGAGUCCGCCUCAGUGGAUGUGCUGCUGAUGAACCUCAUCAGGGGGAACCUGCUUCCCUCUGCUCGCCUCUGGAUAACCACACGACCUGCAGCAGCCAAUCAGAUCCCUGCUCAGUGUGUUGACAUGGUGACAGAGGUCAGAGGGUUCAAGGACCCACAGAAGGAGGAGUACUUCAGGAAGAGGUUCACAGAUGAAGAACAGACCAACACAAUCAUCUCCCACAUCCAGAGGUCACGAAGCGUCCACAUCAUGUGUCACAUCCCAGUCUUCUGCUGGAUCACUGCUACAGUUCUGGAGGACGUGUUGAAGACCACAGACAGAAGACAACUGCCCAAGACCCUGACUGACAUGUACAUCCACUUCCUGGUGGUUCAGGCCAAACUGAAGAACGUCAAGUAUGAUGGAAGAUCUGAGACAGAUUCACCCUGGAGUCCAGAGACCAGGAAGAUGAUUGAGUGUCUGGGAAAACUGGCCUUUGAGCAGCUGAAGAAAGGAAACCUGAUCUUCUAUGAAUCCGACCUGACAGAGUGUGGCAUCGAUAUCAGCUCAGCCUCAGUGUACUCAGGAGUGCUCACACAGGUCUUUAUAGAGGAGAGAGGACUGUACCAGGACCAGAGGUUCUGCUUCAUCCAUCUGAGUGUCCAAGAGUUUCUGGCUGCUCUUCAUGUCCAUCAGACCUUCACCAACACUGGAGUCAAUCUGAUGUCAGGACAAACAUCUGUUUGGUCUAAACUAUCAAAGGACAAAUCUGUCCAGUUGUACCAGACCGCUGUGGACCAGGCCUUACAGAGUCCAAAUGGACACCUGGACCUGUUCCUGCGCUUCCUCCUGGGCCUAUCACUGCAGACCAAUCAGAGUCUCCUACACGGUCUGGUGAAACCAACAGGAAGCAGCUCAAAGACCAACCAGAAAACUGUAAAGUACAUCAAGAAGAAGAUCAGUGAGAAUGUGUCUGCAGAGAGAAGCAUCAACCUGUUCCACUGUCUGAAUGAACUGGAGGAUGGAUCUCUGGUGGAUCAGAUCCAACAGUACCUGAGAUCAGGACGUCUGUCCACAGAACAACUGUCUCCUGCUCAGUGGUCAGCUCUGGCCUUCAUCUUACUGUCAUCAGAAGAAGACCUGGAUGUGUUUGACCUGAAGGAAUACUGUGGUUCAGAGGAGGUUCUUCUGAGGCUGCUGCCAGUGGUCAAAGCCUCCAACAAAGCUCUGUGA